AUGCAGACAACUACAUCUUUUUAUCGUUUAAGUGGUUCAGGUUUAAAAAAUAAUCAACGAGACGAUGAAGGUAAUGACGAACGUGGUGGUACAAAUCUUCGUAACCCGAAACAUUGUCCAAGUGGUGUAUAUGUUAUGCCUUCCGAUAAUUUCUAUACUUGGUAUGGUGUUUUGUUUGUUCAUAAAGGAUACUACAAAAAUGAAAGACCACCAGGAGUUCAAUUUAUUUUGGAUUUAAUAAACAAUGAAGUACCAUUUCAUCCUCUUAUUGAUCCAGAAACUGGGAAUUUUUCGUUAACUCAACAAUUUAAAGAUUGGGCACCACAUAAAUAUUAUAUAUUUCAUAUCCUUCAUUAUCUCAAGAAAUCAUUUAAGAAAGGUGUUUUGGAUAAUUUAUCAAAGAAACAUUGUCCAAAUGAAAAAGCCUUUACCACAUACAAAGAGAAUCCCAAACAAUUUGAAAAUAUGGCCAAACAAUGUUCAAAGUUAUCAACCUCAGAAACUCUUACUGAGAGAGAAAGGCCUAAUCAUACUUCACGUCGAACAUAUUCAGUCUCUUCUAUCAAUUCUUUUGUACCUUCUCAACAGUGA